ACAUCCGGAUUUGAUACAUCCCUCCAGGGUCGAGACCCUAUGAGGCGGCCAUCAUGGGUCCGAUAUGGACUUUUGGAAAAAGCGGUUGGCCGCCAACGCCGCUUUCGUGCUUUUCGUGGCCAUUGGGUGGUUCCCCUCCAGCCCUCCCCCGCGUUUCCCGCCCGACGGGACAGAUCCUGAUCUACCGUCUUCAAGGGUUCAAGGGGCAAAGCCAUCCAAGUGGAUGAUGAGAAGUCUGGACGUCUUGGGAUGCAACCCGACCAGCGGCAUUCCCAUUAUGGUUCCCAAGCGGGUACCUUCCGCCUCUGUAUGUACCCUUUUCGGUUGACCUCCUUCCAUGUGGCCGGCUCUCCAGACCGCGCUUUCGGGUCCAGCUCCGGGCUUUGGGGAAAUACUUUAUAUCAUCCCCUUGACUUUCUUCCUUCUCAUCUUAGCUGGUUCCCUCACUGUGAUUCUUCAUCCCAACAAGUCGUCUGUUUAGUCAC